AUGGACUCAGCGGGACCAAGCCGGCCCCGUGCCCAGGACCGUCGCGACACCACCCCCGGUACGAGCGUAUUCGACGCAGACGCGUAUGACGAUGACGCGGAUGACCUGCCGGGAUACUCUGUGCCGGGCCCGAGCAGACCAUCUGGGGAGGAAGAGGGGGAAGGGAGCGGACGGCGAUUAAGUGGAGAAAGGCUAUUGAAUAGUGGAGCAGCGAGGGGCAAUAGGAGGGAGGAGCCGGAGGGCGGAACGAGCGCGGAGUAUGGAAGAGGGCGUGCUGGCCUGUUAGAGCAUGGGGAGGAAGAACCACUGCAGGCGAUGGGGAUGACGCAGGGCGAGGCGCAAAGAAAGGCAGCGUGGUGGAGGAGCACACUGAUCACUGCUUUAUUCGUAUGUGCCUGGUACGGCUCAGCAACGCUGCUAUCCAUAUACAACAAAUGGAUGUUCUCAGCCGAAUACUACAACUUCCCUUUCCCCCUCUUCGUCACGGCGUGUCAUAUGGUCGUCCAAUUCUCCCUGGCCGGUGCGGUACGACUGAUAUGGGCACACAAGUACCGACCACUUGAGCGACCAACACGUCAAGACUACGUCGCCAAGAUCUUCCCGACUGCAAUCAGUACCGCUGGAGACAUCGGCCUAUCCAAUCUGAGUCUCCGGACGAUCACUCUUUCCCUCUACACAAUGUGCAAAUCCUCCGCCCUGAUCUUCGUCCUAAUCUUCGCGUUCAUCUUCCGCCUCGAGCGCUUCUCCCUCAACCUCAUCGGCGUCAUCACCCUCAUCUCCGCCGGUGUAUUCCUCAUGGUCUUCGACACCACCUCCGUCAAUCUGCCCGGUAUCAUCAUGGUCUUCUCCGCCUCGGCGCUCUCUGGUCUUCGCUGGGCCCUCACCGAGACGCUCAUGAAGAAGAAGAGCAUGGGCCUUUCCAAUCCUUUUGCGACGAUCUUCUGGCUCGCACCGCUCAUGGCGAUCGUCCUCAUCCCUGUCAGUAUCGGGGUGGAAGGGUGGAAGAAUGUGUUUGGGAGUGGGCACUUUGAGGGGACGUCCGCGUGGUUCACGGUGUUGGUGAUUGCCUUCCCGGGCGCUAUUGCCUUUGCGAUGGUGACCAGCGAGUACUUUAUCAUCGACCGCGCCGGUAUCCUGCCCCUAUCCGUCGCUGGUGUAUUCAAGGAAGUCACGACCAUCUCCAUCUCAGCUUGGGUGUUCGGCGACCAGCUCACCAACCUCAAUAUCGUCGGUGUGGCGAUAGCUGUAUGCGGUAUCGCCCUCUUCUCCUACCACAAAUACAACAAAGCCAUGUCCUCAUCAGCCGACGAAGACUCGCCCCUCAUCCUACCCACUCCUACUUCCUCACACCCAGGUCAAUACGCCCUCGCUCCCUCAGCGGACGAGGUGGGUCUAGCCUCGCCCGGCUCGGUGCCAAUGUCGCAGCUACCGUCCUUGACGAAGCUUCGAGGUCACAAGGUGGGAGAGGAGGGGGAUGCCGAUUCAGUGAUGCAGAAGCGGAGAGAUGACUUUGAGGGCUGGAACGAUAGCUGGAGCGAGGAAGGCGAGGGGGAAGAGGAGGACGAUGAUGAGGAGGUACUGCAGCGACGGAAGGAGCGGGUCGGGGAGAAUGGCAUCCAGACUGGCGGACGGAGUUGGGGGAAAUGGUGGGACAAGGAGGUAUAG